GUCAGAUGUCACGUUCGUUGGGGAUUGCAUUACGGACGCUCAGCGAUGCUGCGGCGGGAUGCGUGUGCCGUGCGGAUCGACGUUUGAAAUGAACGCACAUGCGGCGGGCGGCCAAUCGCGGCCGGUCGAACGUGCGCCGCGAAGCGAUGUGCCGCGCACAUUCACCGCGAAUGUACGACGGCAAUGAGCGAUAAGGCCGCGAUUGCGCACUUGGUCGGGAAAACGGAGCACGACUGCCAUUUUCGCUACGUGAAAACCCAUCCUGAGGCUAGCCGACAGUGACAUGGUUCGACAUGGACGGCAAUACAGGCGGAAUUUUCUCCUGGUCGAGAUUAUAGGAGGGAAAAAUAUGUCGGAGUGAAAAUUGCAGGAUCACAUCCGUUCUGCCCAAUGAGGCUGGGAGGAGCGGAAACACGGGAAGUUGUAGGCGCUGAAAGAUUCUCCCUCGAAAUGGAAAGGCGAGAUGGAUACUACAUGAGCGAGUAAUCGUGUCAAAAUGUGUACGUGCGGCUGUGUACGAAUCCCUUGAACCUCACGAGUCCAAAAAAGAAAGAAACUAACGUUUAUUUCUCGCUCGUUCUGUCGCUGACGAGCAGUAGAAGUGUCUGAUGUACGGCAUAUCGUCUAUGAAAGUGUCUGAUCGCAUGUAGCAUUUAUCACAGCGACUCUCAACGCAUCAAGAGUUCAAGUCUCUUUGGAACCAAUGAUUUCUCUGUAAAAACACAAAUUUUACUUAAUUCCUUUGCAAAACAGAUUUGUGGCGGAAACUGUUAGAUUCUCACCUCUUGUCGAGUUCCGAAAGCUAGUAGUCCAGUUAACGAAGUAAAACUACGAAAUAAAAAUACGCUAUUUUAAAGCCAUCGAGUUGGACAAAUUUGAGAAUAUCCGAAAGCUGUAAUUGACGCAAGUUUAGUUAAGCGAUGAUAAGCUGCCACUGAAUGGACCGUCAUCAGCAUCAUCAUCAGCGCGCGGUUUCACGGAGCGAAGGGGACUUUUACCAAGGCGGUUGGCAGGUCUGGGCUCGUCCGCUUCUACUUGGCCUACUCUCCGUGUGUUCCGCAUUGGAUUUUCGCAAUCACCGCGCGGAAUCGCGGUAAAAACUCGCGAUCACGUUCGCGAUCGAUCAGGCUUGGAGGCGCGCGGCUAAUGAACCUGAGUGCGACCUGAACCGCGAGGUGCUAACAAUCGGCAGUCCUUUGGUCGACUCCGAAGCGUCGUGAAAAUCGAGGAGCGACCGUCGUCGAGGCGGACGGUCGACGCGGAGUGCUCUCUCUGAAAAAUGUGUCGGUGGCUCGCGACGAGGUGCGUCGGCUCCCCGUGCGAGCGAACGCGGCAUUGUCGAGGAGCGAUUGGCGGAGGACUCGAAAGGCUCGACGUACUUCCUCGACCUGAGACCUCGCGAGAAUUCGUGUGCGGUCGCGUGCGCAUACGUGCGCAAUAGCGCACAGCGUAUAGUUGGCGUACGACGGGUUGUUCGCGCGGGCAUCCCUUCUGUCGGUCCAAGUGGCUGAGACACUCGGGAUCCGAGCUGAUAGAUAGACGUUUCUCUUCGGUGGACUUUUAAUUCGGUUACUAUCUUGAUUAUCCUCCUGAAUGUUAUCAACUGCCCUACUGGGUUUCCGCGUAAAACUUCGUGAUUGUGAAAUUUAAUGCCGCCUCCUUAGUGGAUGUAUUAUUGAUAUCGAAUAGACUAAACUCUUGCACUUAUCUCGAUCCCGAAUAUCUACUGAUUGAGAUAUCUCGGAAAUAUGAAUAGACAGGUUUAGUUAAAUGUUUCUUUCUUGUGGACUGUAGUGACCAUGUGGUGACUGCUGCAAUUAUCGCGUGGUAAAUCGCCAGUUGAAGCAGGUUAUGUGGAAAAGUGUGUUUAUCAAAAAAUGUGAAGGGAUUUAAGCAUCAUUAAUCUGAGAGCAUAUUGCAAAACGAGUUCUGCAUCAAGUAACAAGCGAGUCGUUGUAUUGGCAGUAUCAUCUCUUCAAAAUAUUUUACCAUAUUAAAUUAAAGAACACAUUUUACCUUCUGCAACAACAUGGACGAUGAUAUCGAUGAUAAAGACGAUACGAAGCGAAAAUCGCGUAAUCUCAGCGAAAAGAAACGCAGAGAUCAAUUCAACAUGCUUGUGAACGAGCUCGGUAAUAUGGUUAGUGCCAAUACGCGGAAAAUGGAUAAAUCCACGGUGCUGAAGUCGACAAUUUUAUUUUUAAAGAAUCAUAAUGAGAUAGCUGUUAGGUCGAGAGUCCAUGAGAUUCAAGAAGACUGGAAACCAUCUUUUCUUUCUAACGAAGAAUUUACUCAUCUUAUAUUAGAGGCGUUGGACGGAUUUAUAAUGGUUUUCUCUUCAAACGGAUAUAUUUAUUACGUUUCUGAAAGUGUUACGUCUCUGCUUGGAUAUCUCCCGAACGAAUUGGAGAACACAAGUAUUUAUGAUGUAACUUUUCAAGAGGAUCAGCCACACUUAUAUAAUGUUCUACUAAAUCCCGGAAGCACACAAGACAGACGCAGUGUGAAGAAAGAGGACCAAAUUUCUUUUAUGUGUCAUAUCAAAAGGGGCGGACUAGAUUUUCGGGAAGAAUCUAUUUAUGAACUUGUACAGUUUAUCGGAUACUUUCGCCCUGUUGUGGACAACGAUGUUGACAAUCUAUUGCCAAGUCAGAAACUUAGUAAUACCAGCGGAUCAGAUAACAAAUUGGUCUUUGUGGGUACGGGACGUUUGCAAACUCCUCAGCUUAUCCGAGAGCUAUCCGUAACGGAUAAUACAAAGUCAGAAUUCACAUCCCGUCAUAGUCUCGAAUGGAAAUUCCUAUUUUUAGAUCACAGAGCACCUCCUAUUAUUGGGUAUUUGCCUUUUGAAGUCUUAGGCACGUCUGGUUACGACUACUAUCACGUGGACGAUUUAGACAAUGUUGUUACGUGCCAUGAAUCAUUGAUGCAGAAAGGCGAGGGAACGUCUUGCUACUACAGAUUCCUCACGAAAGGCCAGCAAUGGAUUUGGCUGCAGACCAGAUUCUACAUCACUUACAAUCAGUGGAACUCGAAACCUGAAUUUAUCGUGUGCACGCAUUACGUGGUCAGUUAUGUCGACGUAAUGAAGGAAAUGCGGGCAGAAUCGGGGGGUUACGAUAAAACGCAAAAUCAGGACGUUUUACUACCCGUAAAACAAAUAAUGACAUCUUGUCAAACCGUCACACCGUUAGCGCAAUGGUCAAACAAAUCGUCGAGGACGUCGAAGUCGAUGACAGUCGCUUCCAAUCUCCGACAUCGUGGCGAUGGUUCCAAUACGUCUUCAAUAUCUGUUUCGUUACGAAGUUCACCACAUUCACAAAUAACACACGGAUCAAGAUCGAAUGCGGCUUCUGCGAGCAGUUCCGUGGUCUCAAAGCCGAUUGCAUCGGUAGAUAGUAGGCAACAGCAACAAACGCAACAGCAACAGUCACAGCAGCAGCAGCAGCAGCAGCAGCAACCGCAACAUCAACUCGAUGUCAAUCAAUCGUGUAUUAAUUUCAUGGAUCCUGCGCAAUAUGCAACAGUUAAUCUGCAAUCGGUCGUUACAACAGGAUUUGCAACGCCUGCUGCUCCAAUUCUUUCAUCUGUACCCACCCAUGAGAUGUUACAUCAGCAGAGUAUAGUAAUGACUCCUGCGCAGAACCAAAUACAGGAUGAAUUACAACGGAAACAUGAAGAGCUGCAACAGCUGAUCGUUCAUCAACAAGAAGAAUUAAGAAGAGUCUCGGAACAACUCUUUAUCGCCCGAUAUGGGAUUCUCACGCCGUUAUUGAAUGCUGGUAUACCGUAUAAUCCAUCAAAUCCGUGUCAACAGGCAAAUCGGUGUAAUACUAAUAAUACUAAUGUGCCAUUGCCCACAUCCAAUAACGUACAAGGCGUGAAUGUGCUUCCCAUACCAAUUACUGUGCCAGUGCCUAUAGUGCCUACGGAAUUAUUUUCGCAUUCUUUACAAGUGAAUCCGUCGCCAGGCUCGACGCAUGGCAAUGUGGGCGCUAUAAUUCAAACUCAACAGCAGCAACAACAUUCGCAGUUGCAACACCAACAACAGCAACAGCAACAACAACCGGGGCCACCGCAACACGAAGGUAGUAAUUCCGAUCUCGUGCCUUUCCAAAUCUGCCCACAGCAGGCCGAGAUAAUGUACAGUAAUAUGGAGGCGUCCUCGAAUCAACAGCAAAGAUCUUCGCAAAAUUAAAAGACUUUAGUAUUAUAUUUGUAUUUACCAAGUAGGCUAGAAUUUUUAUCUUUAAAUUUAAUAUAUUUUUUAAAUUUAUCUAAGUUUUUUAUUUAUUUAUUACUGUGAAAAAAUUGGUUUACAAUAACUUUUGCUAUAAUUAUAAAUAUAUUGUUGUUCUGCUGCUUUUCUGUUUUUUAGAGAACCUUGUCAUUUCUGUUGUAUGUUGCAAGUGUACAAAAGUAUUUUAAGAAGUUAAAAUAAGAAUGUUUGUGUGAUAUUGCGGUAGAUAUUGCGUAAAAUGUAACAGAACUUUCGCAUUUUACAAUAACUUGCCAUUUUUAACAUAUUGACUAUUUCUCAUUCCAAGAUUGUUGUUGUUUAUAAUUUGAUCUAUGUUUUUCUUGUUCGGUGAUCUUAGAAUAGAGACCCAGACUUCCAUAUAAUGGAUUAUUUUGCGAUUUUCUUUUAAAAAAAUUCUUAAACCACAAUGUGAAGUAAUAUUGUGCCUCGCAAUAUGUAAAACAUAAAACCAGAAUUUAUAAAAUUAAUUACACGUAUUGUAUAAUAAUUUCUAAAAGAGAUAAGUUUUGAUAAUGAAUAAUAAUUUUAACUUAAUAAUUAGAAUACAGUUUAUUAUACUCUCAUUAUAUUUUAUUUAAAUUAAAACUUUCCAGUUCAUAAUGGCCGAUAUUUUUUAUAUAAUUAAUAAUUCUUAAGUUUCGCUUUAUUUACCUCCCAUAUUAAAAAUGCAACGUAUCUGAGUACGGAAAAAAUUAUUCUCUUAAAUUAGAGAAUUAUUUUGGGAAAACAUAAAGUGAUUUAAUAUCUAAGAGUUAUUGCGUUAUUAUAUGUGUAAAUUGUAUAAAGUUACAAAUAAUGAAAAUUUAAUAAAUCUGAGGGUAUUGAGUGUACUAAUACAAUUUACGCAUUUAUCGAACAAAGAAGAGCGUAUUACUAAGAAGGUAAAAAUAUAUUAUAUUUAAUGUACAAUUUUUAUGUAAAUUUUGGUAAUCUCUCCAAAACAAUUUGAUUAUUUCUAUAAAGUAUAAAGCAGUUUUAUAGCAACGAGUGAGAGAGCUACGAUCAAAAGUAGACACAGCACGUUUAUAUGUAUUCAUUGAAUUUAUUUUUCUAAUACGUGUCGUCAAAACGGAGAAGGGACCAAUCUCCACAUUUUCCGAAACAGGGUGUAUUCAUAUAUUUGUAUACGUAUAUGAUGUCGAACAAAGUAAUAUAUAUUUUGUGGUAUGUAUAUGUAUAAUAUGUUAUCAUUUUCUUACAUAUCUAGUGUAUUAUAAUAUAUAUGUUAGAUUGCUAUAACAUUUCUUAAUUGUUGCUCGACCAAAAUAUCGCCAAUAAAACGAAAAGCUUAAAAUCGA